UUUAACAUCCGUACUUGGUUCGACUAAUACUUCAACCACCUUUAUGAUAAUGGAAGUCGGCACAGAUGCUGUUCAAGAAAGUUUGCUUUAACAUACUAUCGUGCUCUGAAUUAUCUGCAUAUCAUCUCUUUAUCUGAAUAUCCUGGUGAAAUAGAAGACAGAAGACACAAACAGCAAAAUGAGUCAAAACUACCACAAAGUGUAUAUGAACCAUGUUCAUUCUAGCACACUUUUAUCUCAGCUGUCCACCAUGUUGAAAAGCCAGACCCUUUGUGAUGCCAUCAUAAAAACAGGACCUGUGUCGACCCGUGCUCAUAGAGUGGUUCUUGUGGCAGCUUGCCCAAUGCUGCAAACCAUGGAAAACGCCACCUCAGGGUCACACUUAGAGGUGAGAUUGGCAUCUGACAUCAGUCAGGAAUCCGUCAACACAUUUCUACAGUAUCUUUAUGAGGGCUACAUGAUUCUGACGGAGGAAAACUGUCAUGAAGUGGAGAAAAUAGCCAGACUUUUACAGGUUGACAGUAUCACCAAGUGUUGUGCUGAUUUUAACAAGUGUAUCAAUAAGUCAGCAGGGGCUCAGUUCAGGUACAGCUUUCAGGAUCAAACAGACUUUAAACACAUGAGGGUCUCUGACCUCUUCAAAAAGCAGGAGAGAUCUGUAAAACGCACAAAUGAAAUACACAGACCCACAAGUCCAGGAGUGAAGCGACAGAGAAUCCAUUCAUCUAGUCCUAAGAUUCAUGACACAAGUAGUAUGGCAGAGAGUUAUGGUGCUACCUCGGAUCCUUGGGACAGAGUUCCGAGGCUGGGUUCAGGAUUUCAAGGUCCUGGUGUUAUUGAUAUCAGAGAGGAUGGCUUUGAAUUGGUGCAAACAGAACCUCCUAAAAAGGACUCAAGUGGCAUUCAGGAACCUGCGAAAAUACAGACAAGUGUUUCCCUUUCUGUGUCUAGUCAACACAACCAUUCAUCUGACCUGCGAGUGGUGAAUGUUGUAGGUGAUGCAGGUCCUCCUGGCUCUGAAAGAGCAGGAAAAUCUUCACAGGCAGCUCCCCCACCUGGUGGGUCAAGUCGAGACCCGAUAAGUUUCAGUCCUGUCGCCAUUCAAGACUCCCCCUCAUCAUCCACAUCUUCAGUAGAAAUCAGUCGCAGCAUGGGUCAUCAAGAGAAAGUUCAGCAGAAAAAAGAAGUAGAGAAACAAACUCAGGCAAAAAUCCACAUACCCGACUACUCAGAUUCUCAGUAUACCAGUGAUGUGGUGAACGCCAGCACCGGACCCCGAGUCAGUGAGGACCUGGGGACAUCCUACAGAGCUCCGUAUCCAGUGGCCAUGACCCAGAUUCCUAGGCAGCCAGCACCCAAACCUUUUGCCAGUGGUAGUGCAUCACAAACAGUUUCCAUGCCAGUAUUCCCAGAAACCAUAUCUUCUCCUGUCUCUCAGAAAUCACAGAGCACAGCCAGAGAGAGAAGUGGAAGUAGUGAGAGGCCGGCAUCUAGUGGGAGAAGUGUGGACACUGGUCAAGACAAAAUAGAUGACCAGCCAGACCUAAGUAUUGUGAAAAUAGAAACUGCCACUGAAAGAGACAUGAGUAAUUUAGAAAUGUAUAUGGGGGAUGAGUCAUUUGGUAGCCAUGGUCACCAGCCUGUGCGGGGGGAUGAGGAUGACCCAGGGCCAGAUUACAAUGUGGAGGAACCCCCAGGGGAAUGGCCAAGGGAGGAUAUGUCUAAUGAAAGCAGCAAUGUCAGCGGAAUGGACAACAGUGCAAACUGGUACCUGGGACAGAUGAAAGGAAAAGUCCAGAGAGUUGACCCUAGAAUGACCCAUGCCUCACCAUGGACACGGAAACCAGCUGAUCUACCCCCAAGAAAACUUUCUGUUGACCAACAACUUAACCUACCUCCACUUUCAGUCAUACAUAACUUAGAAGGUCAAUGUGAGUUGUAUACAAAGGAGGGUAAAGUUCGCGUAAGGCACACACUGAAGUCAAUGCCAGCCAGGAAAGUUUGUGCCUACUGUAAAAUAACAGGAGAACGAUUUGCCAAUGGAAAUAUAAAGCAGACCUUUUAUCACUGCGAAACCUGUAAUGUUCCGUUAUGUAGGUUUCAGUCACGGGAGUGCUUUUUAAGUUAUCAUAAACUCAAGUAUCAAGGAUCUACCUCAUCUGUUGAUUGAUGUCCUGUGAUUAGCUUGUGUUUCUAAGUAUGAAAACAGGUCACUUAAAACAAGGACAAAGGACUAAAUCGUCUGGUUUAGGGGUUGUUAAUUACGUAUAAGGGUUGUUUAUCAGUCAUCUUAGUUUUAAAAUUUGGUUUCAUUCAUUUACUUCAUUUUGAUUGUUUUUAUUAUUGUAACUCUGUUGUGCAUUAGUAAUCACUGUUGUGGAAGCUGAUUCAUUCAAUUUUUUAUGACUAUCUUUCACAUAGGAGUUAAUGUUUCUUAUUCAUCGGAAAGACGUUCGUCUAGUUCUGAGAAUACAGUACUUAACAUUCUGUCCACGAUGCUCUCAGACGGGGAUCCUGAAUUGGUUCGUGUCAAUAGGAUCGGUCGUCACAAUCUGGUGCCCAUUCCAUAUAGGGUCCAAAAACCCUGUGUAUACUGCAGGCUUAGGAAUGAACGAUUUCGAGGCGGACAGGUUCGCCGGUCUUACUACGAAUGUAAUGUUUGUCGAGUACCGCUAUGUCGGUCUCAACUAAGGCCUUGUUUCUUGAGAUAUCAUCAGGAUGUGAUGGGUGAAAAAUAACAUCAAUUGGACUGAAAUAGCCGGACAACCCAUGAUAUUGUAUUGCAUUUUUUAUAAUUUUGCCUCUUUGAAGCUUAUUAUUUUUUAAUGCAUUGUCAUCAAGAUAUGUAAAAUUUGAAAUAUUGUAUGUUGUGAUCAAAGAAUCAUAAAAUAAAUAAGAAAAAAAACUU